AAGAGGAGGGGAUGUGUUGUUGUGCUGAUGGCUUUCCUCAUUCCUCCUCCUAUAGGAAGUCGCCUCCUCUUCCUUACGGACACGCAGGUGUAGCCUCUUCAUCUAUCCUUCAUCCUACUUCUACUACCACCUCCUCUCCUCUCUCAAAUCUCCCAUGCGCCUUAGCUCUCUUUACUGUCACCAGAGGAGGAUUUUACGCGCCGGCUUAUGGAGAUAAACAUCAUGUUAGGUGAAAUGUGGUGCGUCUCUUUUGAGUCGCCGUUGUGAGUGUGAAGCCGGCACGAGGUCUGCAGCAGCACACAUGACUUGAACCGGGCAAAAGGAGGCGGUUGCAACUACAACAGCACUUCAUCCACAAAGAGAAGACUUAUUGAUAACCAUGGCUGACCAGUACAGUAUGUUUCUCACCACGGCGCCCCCCCUCAGGCGUGGCAGCACACCCCUACCCGUCAAACACCAGCUGAGGAGGGAAGAGGCCGUAUCAGACGACUGCGACUGGAUCCCCGGUUUGGACGAACCCGCCACAUUGCCUAUCAGUGACACAGGGGUGCCUCGGGAUGAGUCCUUCAGCCAAUCAGCAGCUGCCCAGUCAAGUUACCACAGCCACGGUGGAGCAUUGAGGAUAGUGUUGCUGGGACAGAACGGUGUGGGGAAAUCAUCACUCGCCUUGUCUUUGGCCGGGCAGUCGGACAGAUCGCUCUCUAUAGACUCUGAGACACAAGCAUGUGGUGAAGGCUACGAGUGCAAUGUGACAGUCGACGACGAAGACAGCAAAGUUAUAAUUUAUGACAACUGGAAACAGGACCUGUCCACUCUGCAGUGCGACGUGUGCAUCCUCGUCUUCUCCGUGACUGACAGGCGAAGUUUCCACCGCACCGCCCAGCUCCGCCUCCUCCUCAGGGAGUCCCAGCCACACACACCAAUCAUCCUGGUGGGCAACAAGAGCGACCUCGUCCGCUCCCGAGAAAUCAGCUCAGAGGAGGCCCAGUCCAGCGCGAUGAUGUUCGACUGCAUCUACUUAGAGCUCUCCGCCUCCCUGGACCACGGCACCAAUGAGCUGUUAGAGGCAGCAGUCAGAACUGCACGGGGCGAGUGCGUAGGCCCCGGCUGGACCGACGGUGACCCCGGAGCAGCCCGCAGGGAGAGCCUGACCAGUCGUGCGAAAAGGUUCCUAGCCGGGCUUGUACCUCGCUCGUACUGUCGAGACCGAGAGAGAGGCCGCUACCGGGAAAUGAGUCGACACCGGGGCAGCAAGAUUCUCCGCCAGAAGUCUCGCUCCUGCCACGACCUCAGUGCACUGUGACACACAUGAACACGCAUGGGCAGAGAGACAAACUCCCACACAUGCACACACACCAGGAUGAAGGAUGUUGGUGAAGGGGGAGGAGAAAGACAUGGAGCAAGAGAAGGAAAAGUGGAAGACUGCAAGGGAUGAAAGAAGAUGAUGGAAGGUCAAGUGAGGAGAAAAGGGACAGAGAGUGAAAGAAGAAGCUAAAAUCCCCCAGCACCACAACAGUGAGCCUUUAUCUUCCUCUGAUCAGUGAAACCAAUUUGAGAGAGAUAGAGACCAGAGGUUUGAGAGAAAACAGAAAUAGAUAAAGACGUGAACCGAAAGGGCCGAUUCCUGAUGCGAGCAGCAGAAAGAAAAUUAAUUAUUACAACACUGCAGCUUUUUUUUCCUUUGAGGACAUACUCAGGUGGGAAACUGAUAUCACAAGAACAAUAUUGCAUCGCUUUAUUCCAGGCUGCAAGUCUUAAAAACAUGAAGAAACUGCUAUUAGAGCUUGCAUGGUUUUCUGACUAAAAGGCAACCUGAAAGUCAUUUUCCUGUUUAAAAUAAGUAACUCCUGACCAGAGGCGGAGCCAGGGGAUGGCUUACAGGGCUUAAACCCUGAAAAUUGAACUGUUAGCUGGGUAAAAAGUAGUUAUCCUCUGGCAGUCAUAAUAUCUUAAUGCAAAAGAAAUAAAUAAAUGAAAGAACAUGACGAUUUCAUUCAGUAGCUAAACUGACCAAAUCAAACUGUUUAUAUAACUCUAAGUUCAACUUUUUAAGAGACAGAAGUGAAAAUACUUGGUUUUCAACAUGUUGGUUUAACAAGAUGAAGAAAUCCGAUAUCAAUAAUAGUGUUGGCUCUAUAGGAUGGUUUUUAGGAGGUAAAUUAUUGAUUUGAUCUGUCAGCAUGAAAAAUCUACAUUUGUAUAGUAUGAAAGUAGUGUAUUUCAAAGCAAAAAUUUCCUGGGUAGCAUGCAUCAGGACCAAGGUUAUUGUAGUUAACUAUCCAUCCUUUUUCUAUACCGCUUAUCCCGCUGGGGGUCACAGGGGGGCUGGAGCCUAUCCUACCUCAUUGG